AUGAAAUUUCAAGUUUUAUCCAUCAUUACUUUGUUUGCUUGUUUCUUCACGACAGCCAUCUUUGCCAAAGAAGUCACGCCGGAAGAUCCUGAGAUCACACAUAAGGUCUACUUCGAUAUUAGUCACGGUGAUGAAAAAGUUGGUCGUAUCGUUAUGGGAUUGUAUGGUCUCACCACACCCCAAACCGUUGAGAACUUUUAUCAGUUGACCAUUUCCAGGGACCCCAAGAUGGGUUACUUGAACUCUAUCUUCCACCGCGUUAUUCCUAAUUUCAUGAUUCAAGGUGGUGAUUUUACUCACAGAUCAGGUAUUGGAGGCAAGUCCAUCUUUGGAAACACGUUCAAAGAUGAGAAUUUUGAUGUCAAGCACGAUAAACCAGGCAGAUUGUCCAUGGCCAAUCGUGGUAAAAACACCAACGGAUCGCAAUUUUUCAUCACCACUGUUCCUUGCCCAUGGUUGGACGGCAAGCAUGUUGUCUUUGGAGAAGUCUUGGAGGGUAUGGACGUGGUUCACUACAUCGAAAACGUUAAGACCGACAGUAGAAACAUGCCCGUAAAGGAAGUUAUCAUUGUCGAGAGUGGUGAAUUGGAAACUGUUCCUUUGGGCCACCAAGACGCGGCCAAGCUACAGGAAGAGAUCAAAGCGGAAGCAAGUGAAGCAUCACAUGAUGAGCUAUAA